AUGGGACUUCGCGGUGACUUCGCCUACUUGCUUCGGCGAUACUGGUCGCUUUUCCUGGGCAAUGUACUGGAAUGGUAUGAGUUUGCUGUGUAUGGUUACUUGGUGCUUUCCUUGGAGGACAAUUUCUUCCAAGGUUCCGAGGUUGCCACAUGGCUCGGCUAUGCUGCGACGUUUGUUGCACGCCCACUGGGUGGCCUUGUUCUGGGCCUUAUCGGUGAUAUGUGGGGUCGGCGCACAUCUCUCACGGUUUCCAUUGUGGGCAUGGUCGUCGGCACAGUUGGUCAGGGCCUGCUGCCCAGCCGUCUCAGCAGUGGCCAGGCGUGGGGCGAGUUCGGAACCUGCAUGCUCUUUGUCUUGCGGAUCGUGCAGGGGCUGUGCACGGGCGGAGAGAUCAGCACUGUCUCCACGUACAUCAUCGAGGUGGGUUCCAAGCAGACUCUGGCCCGGAGCAUGUCGCUCAUCUCCGUGUCGAUCUACAUCGGCUUCCUGCUGGCGCAAGGCGCAGUGUGGCUCGUGCAGGACCAGCUCGGCCCCGAUGCAAUGCGACAAUGGGGCUGGCGGCUUCCCUUCCUCGUCGCCAUUGUGCCGGGAGCUUUCACCAUAGCAGGACGACGGUGCUUGCGCGAAUCGGAGGAGUUUGAGAAGGACCGACGAGUCGCCAUUGAGGAAGGCCACGCAUCAGCCAGCUAUGCCAUCAGGGACGUACUGCACAGAGGCUAUGCAAUCGUCAUAGCCAUCGGCGGUAUGGUGUCUUUUGCAGUAUUUUCAUACAGCGGCUUGGUGUGGACCAACACAUUCUUGGCAAAAGAAGGACUUCCAAAAGAUCAGCGCAUGAUGGCGGGUCUGACAGCCCGCGUUAUUCAGAUAGUGCUGGCAGUGCCUGUGGGCUGGCUAGCAGACGUUUGGGGCGUCGGCUCAGUUACCUUCCUUUCGGCUGCAGUGCAGCUGUUUGCAGCUUUCCCGCUGUUUGCGUGGUUGCAGGCAGAUCCAACGAACACCUCGGUUGCAUAUGCAGCCUAUGCUGUUGGCUUCGGGAUCAUUGGUGCGCUAGGCGGUUCGACUUUCAACAUGUACGUGACCGAGUUGUUCCCAACCCGCACCCGCAACCUGGGAGUUGGUGUCAGUUACAACGUGGGCAUUUGUCUCGUCGGUGGCUUUGGCCCUGUGACCUGCAGUGCACUGCAGAAGUGGUCGAGGUAUGGGCCAGGAGGUCUCAUGUCACUGGCGGGCGCCAUCACAUGUUUGACGGUCGUAGCUGGAGUUCGGCUACACCAGUCCGGGAGGGUUUGUAUGGCCCACGUUCGCACGAAUCCGUACUGCAGACCAUGUGCAAACCUGCGAGAAGACGGCAAGCCUGAAGAGCAGUUCUCGUUGGAGUCAUCAGAGUCCGAGACAUCCGAAGACUGCACAAACCUGAAGUGCCUUCGCUCUUUCCAUGGAUGGCCUGCCUCUGCAUUGAUGCAAGAUUCCACGGAAGACGUCACGCUGAAGGCCUCGUCGGGCAACCCGGAAGCUCUUCGGCCACACCACAGCACCCCCGGCCCCGGGCGGAAAGGAGGAGGUCGAGCAGGCAACUGGCCGCCGCCGUUGCCUUUCUGGCAGUCUGAUGAGGUGCUGGGUGCCACUCCGUGGAUUGAGGUGAUUGCGCCGCCUGGUAGAGCCCUGGCUCAGCUCCAGGUGGAACUCCCCAGAAAUGGUCGAGCGGAUGGAUACACCCCGGAGCACGUGCAGCUCUUCGUGGCGCAAGAAGGUGAGCAGCUGGGCGAAGCACCCAUCUUUGAGUCCGAGCAGUUCUGGUCUCUGGCUUUCCCGGGGGAGAUGGUCGCCGUUCCGCCAAAGCCGUUGCCGAACAGGAUUUGCCGAGCUCGUCUCUGCAUGAAGCGAGCAGCAGCACAAGGUGGUCCCAAUGUGCGUAUCCAGAGCCUUCGCGUGCUAACCAGGAGGUUGAAACGUGGUCGAGAUGACGGCGUGUUUCUGGGGAGGAAGUUGUGGAACGACACGGACUUCACAGACUGCAUACUGCGCUCGGAGGAUGGCUUGGAGCAAAAAGCACACAAGGCCAUUCUUGCAAACGCGUCGCCCGUCUUGAGCCGAAUGCUGCGGUCUGCGACCAAGGAAGGCGAAGUUACGCUUCCUUGCAGUGGUGAGGUGGUGCGGGCUUUGCUGAAGCACUGCUACGGGCUGUUCCCUGACAUCCGCGCCCUGAAAGUUCAGGACGUGGUAUCCCUUGUGGAACAAGCUCAUGCCUUGGAGCUGACUUCCUUAUCUGAGGAUGCUGCGGUUGCUGCCACGCAGUGCUUGACCCCGGAGACAGUUGUCCCUCUGAUGCGAGGCCUGCGCGCGUUCUACAAAGCCGGGUCGCUGGUUGAAGAGUGGGACAACCUGGUGCGACAGGUGCGUGCAAGACAGGACCUGUCGCAUGCUGCUCUUCUUGGGCUAUGA